AAAGCCGAAUACACUGAACACCUUUCUAACCUUUCUGCCAAAAUUCUGAGACUAGAUCAUUAUUUCUGUCUCCGAGCCCAUGUACAAUUCAUGCACGUGGAAUGCUUGCAAGAAUAAACCUAGCAUCCGAGGCGCGACUGAAAGCAUAAUUGAGGAAAAAUGCUGGCCCCUCCCCCCUUUUUUAUCGCGAGGAGGAUAUUGGGAACCUGGCACCCUCGGUGCCAGUGCUGGUAAUGUCUACUUUUAGCCCACUCUGGUGCCACACUCAAACGUUCGUGGCACUCCUAGUUACUAGCGGAGUCCCUUGGUGUACGGAUGCCCUGACUGGAGGGUAUUAAUUACGUGAAUGCCCCUUGGGAAUUACGCGGAAUACAGUUUAACGAGUUAUACGUCACAAUUAUCGAGUGGAGUGAUACAGCGGGUUUUCUCUAGGCCUAUGAUGAUACCGGCGGAAAACUACCGUUGAAUGUAUCGUCCCAGCUGUGUGAAAGUGGAAUGUUUAUUAAAAAUGUAGCUGUGAAUCAUAACAGAAUGUUUUGAUAAGGGAAAAACCCUAAAAAACUCUUUAUGAAACAAAUAACAUACGUGCCUGGUCUCUAUGCUAAAAGGAGAACGAACCAGAAUUUGGGAUAACCGGGUGCCAAGACAAUAAGCAAAAGCAGUGCCAACGAUUAACCAUAUGACUUUCCCGCGAGGAAAAUAAGAGAAAUAGAAGCUUUUUCCUCCUGACGAACGCCUUGCCAAAGGCUUCGCAAUUAACUGUGAUAUAUCUAAUUUUCGAGUCAGCGAAGACGAUGCACUUCUCGUGGAUAAUCUUCCUAGGCCUACUGGCCACGCCGUCUCCGGCUGUUGACGCUGACACGAUGGAGUUGCUGAGCACUGGUUACACUUACAUGAUCCACGGAGGGCGCUUACUGCACGACGUGGCCGGAGGCAUGAGCCUAAUAACGAAAAUGUUCAGGGCCUUUGAUUAUUUCAUGGAUAAUACGGCCCAAGAGCAAAUAAAUGAGGCGCUUGAAGACGCGGAAGAAGAUUCUGAAGAAACCACACAGUCUUCUAGCUCUGUGCCACAAGACACUCAGACGUCCUCCCAAGAAACAAGAACGCCUCCCACGGUAGUUCCAGAUUCGUCCGCCAGAAGCCCACCUCCCGAGCCGUCCAGAAGCCCUGAAGGAGGCGGCCCCCCCAACGGGUGUGGGGUCUUAGGCCUACAAAUCAAAGACCCGAGUCUCCCGGUCGCGGAACUCUCCCAGUGUUGCGCGGAACACGACGCGUGUUACUCCUCCGUCUGCAAGACCAAGAAACGACAGUGCGACAGAAAGCUCAAGGGCUGCUUUGUGAAUGUCUGCGACGACCUGACCCUCGAGUGGCAGAUCCAGAAGAACUGUCUGGGGGCUGCUAAGUUGCUCUACGCAGGGACGAUGGCGCUGUCUUCGCAGCAGUACAAGAACGCCCAGGAAAAGCUCUCUUGUAGAAAAGAAAGUAAAAGAAGAGGACGUCGGUGAGACUUUCUAAAAGGAACAGGAGGAAAUAGAAUUCGCAAACUGUCAACCCCCUGACCCUCGUCCUUGAUUAUAGUGACCUUAACCUCU